AUGGACUUGAUAAGAUGGUCCAGGGAAAAGCACCGAGAUCCGUCUUUUGCGCCGCUGACUGCAGAUGAGGUGUCGAAGCACAACAGGUCGGACGACUGCUGGAUUAUAAUGGACGGGGUGGUGUACGACGUCACGGAUUUCCUCCGGCUGCACCCUGGAGGAGUAGAUACCAUCAUGGAGUAUGCAGGAAAGGACUGCACUGAUGCAUUCAACCAGGCGCAUGGGUACAUAAACAAGAACGAGUUGCUGUUCAACAGCAUUGUUGGAGUAGUGGUGGAGCGAUGA